GGCGAUGAUCAUUUCAGUUUUAAUUUCCAAAGCUAGCUGUCUCCAUCUCUCUCUCUCUCUCUCUCUCUCCCUCUCUCCCUGUUGGUUUGAAUAACAAAGAACAAAAUGCAAAUAACAAGGCUUUUGUUGUUUUGGUUUGUUGUCUUAUGGACAUUCUCAGCUACUGGGAUGCUGGUUGUAGGGCAAGACCCAAAACAUCCAGGUUUCAUUAGCAUCGACUGUGGGGCAUCCAAACCUUCCACUGAUCCUGUUCUUCAGCUGUAUUAUCAAACAGACGAUGGAUUUAUAGACUCCGGUGAAAACCGGCAGGUCACUGGUGAUUUCACAAACGGGGAAGUAAUAAGACCUACUGCAGAGACUCUGAGGGCAUUUCCUAUUGGGACUAGAAACUGCUACACAAUCCGGCCUAUAACAGAGACUGAUGAAGACAGCAGAAAAUAUUUAAUCAGGGCUUCUUUCUUGUAUGGGAAUUACGACAACCAGAACCGUACCCCGACAUUCGACUUGCACAUAGGAGUUACUUUUUGGGUGACCGUAAGGCUUCCGAAUCUCUAUACUCACGUCCAUAAGGAGGUGAUUCAUGUGGUUCCACCAACAAGCGAUGCUAUACAGGUGUGCCUCGUAAACACUGGCAAUGGAACUCCUCUCAUCUCAUCUUUGGAAUUGCGGCAGCUCAGCAAUGCCACGUACCUUACCGAUGUUCACUUUCCGACACUAGCUCUCCAUAAGCGACUGAACAUUGGCAGCACAAAGUAUUUAUUGUACAGGCACCCAUGUGAUGUCUAUGAUCGCAUAUGGAGUCGUGAUGAUAAAAACUACGGUGCAGACAAAGUUUUUUUGUCCUGGAACGGCUCCUCAGACCCUUCCUUAAACAGAACUAAUGACCCAUAUAAAGUUCCCACAGGAGUUCUCGACACAUGGGCAGCUGGGCUGGAAAGCACUUUUAAGUUCGAGCAAAAUUGGGGAGCAAAUAUGGCUGCCCCUUCCAAAUGGAUUGUUUACUUUCAUUUUGCCGAACUGAUGAACAAGACCUCACAAAGGAAAUUCACUAUUUACAGCAACAAUAAGGUUGUCGAAACGAUCGACCUCAAUUACCUUGAGCCGGUGACUGUUUGUACCCAUCAGUUUACAAGUGACACUGGCUUGCAGUUCCAGUUUGUCACCUCUGGGUCAUCCUCACCUCCAAUACUCAAUGCCCUCGAGCUUUACCGCCUGCUUGAUAUUUCAACUGCCCCAACAAACAUUGAUGAUGUGACUGCUAUGAAUGUUAUCAAGAAAACAUACAGUGUGAGAAAAGAGAGUUGGCAGGGAGAUCCAUGUGUCCCUACUAAUUUUACAUGGGAUGGUGUCAACUGCAGCACCGAGAGUCCCCCUAGGAUCAUCUCAUUGAACCUGAUCUCCAGCGGCCUGAAAGGACAGAUAGCAGAUUCACUGGCCAACUUAACAGCGCUAGUAUCUCUGAAUCUUUCGCACAAUCAAUUGUCCGGGUCGGUGCCUGGAUUCUUGGCAGAAUUGACAAACUUGAAACACCUUGACUUAAGUGGAAAUGACCUAAGUGGCUCAGUUCCCAAGAACCUGCGGACAAAGGCUGAUGAUGGAACUUUAGACUUACGUUUGGAUGGAAACCCCAAGCUCUGCAAGUCAAGUUCUUGUGGGUUGUCUAAGAAAACGAAGUACAUUAUAAUUGGAACCGUACUAUUGGUCGCUGUCGGCAGUGCUUCAGCGGUUUGGAGCUGGACAACCCACUGGAAGAAGGAAAACGCUCAAAUAAGCCAAGGCGUGGAAUCUCAAGGCCAGGAAUUCCAAGACGUGGAAUCCAACAAGACGACAUCCAAGCCCGAGGGGCAGGGAACUCCAACGAAGUCGACUGGGGAAUAUGAAGAAAACAACAAGGAGGAGGAUAGAUCCUCCUUGAAGGAGGGCGAUGAGCAGUACAAGAAACUGAGUCAGGAGGUAAGCUCGUUGAAGAAGAUGUUGACCAAGCAGGUGACCAUGUGGUCCCAGGUUCCACGGUUCAUGGGCCAAAUGAAAACGAUCAUCGGGGGCAUGUCAGGCCAACCUGCUGAUGCUGUCUUUCCACAACAGCAUGACUCCCAGCAUUGCCGUCUCGACAAACGUCAGCAGAGAGAUGGAGAUGAUGAGAACGAGAAAGACAGUGGCCAGAACGAUGCCCAGACUUCGAAUGAACUUGGCAGAGAGCUCACACCUGUCAAGGAGUAUGAAAAAAGCCACAAGAGGAAGCAGGAUGGAUCCGGGGUUAACCCACAUGCUACGAAGACAACUGAGGCUUACCGCCAAGCAAGGUCCCAAGAGGACAACUACCUUGCCACUCAAGAGUCGGUGGCCCAGAAGCAGGGGAAGGCUACAGGGAGGAAAAAGAAGGGACUAAUACAUUGGAUGAACUGGCUCCGUCGCCAUGGCUUUAUCAGUGCAUUGGCCGGUUCCUCUGAGACAGCACAUCUGAGUGAGGAGCAGUAUAAGCAACUGAGUCUAAGCUCAUUGAAGGAGAAGUUGACCGAGUAUGUGACCAUGUGGCCCCAGGUUGAACAGCUCAUGGACGAAAUUACCGUGAGCAUGGAGGCCUUGUCAGAGCAAUCUGCUGAUACUGUCUUUCCGCAACAACUUCAGUCUCAGCAACAACGUCCAGGUCAACGUGAGCAGAAAGGCGGAGAUGAUGAGGAUGGGGAAGACCAUGGCCAGGACGACGCCCAGAUGGCUGUAAGCAUGACAACAAUGUCAGGCCAACCCACUGCUGCUGUCUUUCCGCAGCAGCAUUACUCCCGGCAACGCCGUCCGAUCCAACAUCGGCUGAGAGGUGGAGAUAAUGAGGCUGAGGAAUACCAUGGACAAGAUGACGCCCAAAUGGUAGUUCUCUCAUUCUUCUCCUUGUCUGCAACCGAGCAGGCGGAAGGCUUUAGGGAUAACAACCCUGCCACUCAAGAGGAUAACAGCCCUGCCACUCAAGAGUUGGUGUCCCGGACAUGGGCGAAGGCUUUAGGGAGGAAUAAGAAGGGAAUUAUCCAUUGGAUGAACUGCCUCUGUCGCCUCGGCUCUGUCAGUGGAUUGGUCGAUCCUUCUGGGAUGGCACCGCAGCAGCAUCACUCCCGGCAACGCCGUCCGAUCCAACAUCGGCCGAGCGGUGGAGAUAAUGAGGCCGAGGAAUACCGUGGACAAGAUUACUCCCAGAUGUCGAAGGAACUUGGCAGUGAGCCGACACCAGUCGAGGUAUAUGGAAAAAAUUACAAGAAGAAGGAGGAUGGAUCUGGGGUCAACCCACAUGCUACAGAGAUGACUGCAAGUUCAAAUGCGAUGUCCCAAGAGGAUAACGGCCCUGCCACUCAAGAGUUCGUGUCUCGGACGUUGGUGAACGCUGUAGAGAGGAAUAUGAAGGGAAUUCUCCGUUGGAUGAACUGCCUCUGUCGCCUCGACUCUAUCAGUGGAUUGGUCGAUCCUUCUGGGAUGGCACAAUUGAGUAAUCAGUACUAUGAGCAACUGACACAAGGGGUAAGCUCUUUGAAGAAGAUGUUGACCGAGCAUGAGAACAAGUGGGCCAACGUUCCGCAGUUGAUGGCCCAAAUGACCACGAGCACGACAGCCAUUUCAGGCCAACCCCAUAAUGCUGCCAUUCUAAAACAACAUCGUUCCUGGCAACAUCGUACAGACCAACGUCAGUGGAGAGGUGGAGAUGAUGAGGGCGAGGAAAACCAUGGCCACGACGACACCCAAAUGGAUGCGAGCAUGGCGGCCAUGCCGGGCCUACCCGCCGAUGUUGUUUCUCCGCACCCACAUCACUCCCGGCAACAACGUCUGAACCAACGUCAGAAGAGAGGUGGGAAUUACGAGGACGCGGAAGACCAUGGCCAGGACAACGCCCAGAUGUCGAGGGAACUUGAAGAAGAGCCCACAGUGGUCGAAAUGCAUGAUAUAAACGACAAAAGGAAGGAUGAUGCGGAGAUAAUUGAAACCGACCAACAGACGAGGUCCCAAGAGGAUAAUAGCCCUGCCACUCAACAGUCGAAGGCCCAGAUGUGGGCGAAUCCUGCGGGGAGGAAUAAAAAGGGACGUUUACAGUGGAUGAACUGGCUUUGUCGCCAGAGCUCUAUCAACGCAUUGGCUGGUCCCUUUGGGACGGCGCAGAUGAGUGAUGAGCAGUUCGACCAACUGAAUCAGGAGGUGAGCUCAUUCGAGAAGAUGUUGACGGAGCAAGUGAACGUGUGGUCCCAGGUUCCAGAAUUCAUGGCCCAAAUGACAGCGAGCAUACGGACCAUGUCAAGCCGACCGGCUAAUGAUGUCUCUCUGCAGCAACAUCACACCCGGCAACGCCGUCCAAACCAACGUCAGCAGAAAGAUAGAAACGAUGAGGGUGAGGAAGACCAUGAGCAAGACGACGCCCAGACGGCCACGAGCAAGGCUGCCAUGUCCGGUGGACUCGCUGAUGUUGUCUUUUUGCAACAACAUCACUCCCAGCAAUGCCAUCUGAACCAACAUCAACAGAAAGGUGGAGAUGAUGAGGACGAGGAAGGUCAGGGCCUGGACAACUACGAGAUGGCUGCGAGCAUUGGGGCCAUGUCAGGCCAACCCGCUGGUGUUGUCUUCCCACAGCAGCAUCGCUCCCAGCAAUGCCAUCCGAACCAACGUCAGCAGAGAGGUAGAGAUGACGAGGUCGAGGAAGAUCGUGGCUUGGACGAUGCCCAUAUUGCCACAAGCAUGGUGGCCAUGUUAGGCCAACCUACUGAUGCUGUCUUUCUGCAGCAGUAUCACUCCCAACAACGUCGUCCGAACCAACGUCAACAGAGAGGUGAAGUUGCUGAGGAUAAGGAAGAUCGUGGCCAGGGUGCCGAGAUGGCUGCAAGCAUUGCAGACAUGUUUGGCCGACCCGCUGAUGUAUUUUCACAGCUGCAUCACUCCCAGCAAUGUCGUCCAAACCAACCUCUACAAAGAGGUGGAAAUGUUGGGGACGUGAAAGACCAUGGCCAAGAUGCUGCCCAGACGGCCACUAGCAUGGCGGUUAUGUCAAGCCAACUUGCUGAUGCUGUCUUUCCACAGCAGCGCCAUCCGAACCAACGUCAACAAAGAGGUGGAGAUGAAGAAAAAGAGGAAGGCCAUGGCCAGGACGACACCCAGAUGGCUGUGAGCAUAACAGACAUGUUAGGUCGACCCACUGAUGUUGACUUUCUGCAGCAGCAUCACUCCCAGCAACGUCAUCCAAACCAACGUCAGCAGAGAGGUGAAGUUGCUGAGGACAAGGAAGAUCGUGGUGAGGAUGAUGCUGAUAUGGCUGCGAGCAUUGCAAACAUGUUAGGUCGACCCGCUGAUGUUGUAUUUUCGCAGCUGCAUCAAUCCCAACAACACCGUCCGAACCAACGUCAACAGAGAGUUGGAAAUGUUGAGGAUGCAAAAAACCAUGGCCAGGACCAUGCUCAAAUGGCCGCGAGCAUGGCAGCCAUGUCAGGCGAACUUGCUGAUGCUGUCUUUCUACAGCAGCAUCACUCCCAGCAGCGCCGUCCAAACCAACGUCAGCAGAGAGGUGGAGAUGAUGAAGAAGAGGAAUACCAUGGCCAGGACCACGCCCAGAUGGCUGUGAGCAUGGCAGCCAUGUUUGGCCAACCCACAAAUGUUGUCUUUCCGCAGCAGCAUCACUCCCAGCAACGUCAUCCCAACCAACGUCAACAGAGAAGUGGAGAUGAGCACGAGGAAGAUCGUGGCCAGGACGACGCCCAGAUGGCUGCAAGCACUGAAGCCAUGUUAGGCCAAGCCGCUGAUGUUGUCUUUCCACAACAGCAUCACUCCCAGCAACGUUAUCCAAAUCAACGUCAGCAAAGAGGUGGAGAUGAUGAGUUCGAGGAAGAUCGUGGCUUGGAUGAUGCCCAGAUUGCUGCAAGCAUGGUGGCCAUGUUAGGCCAACCUACUGAUGUUGUCUUUUCGCAGCUCCAUAACUCGCAGCAAUGCCGUCCGAACCAACGUCGGCAGAGGGGUGAAUAUGAUAGAGACGCGGAAGACCAUGGCCAGGACAAUGCCCAGAUGGUUGCGAGCAUGGCAGCCAUGCUAGGUGGAUCCGCUGAUGUUGUCUUUCUGCAGCAGCAUUACUUCCAGCAACGUCAUUCGAACCAACGUCAGCAGAGAGGUGAAGUUGCUGAGGACAAGGAAGAUUGCGGCCAAGACGACGCUGAUAUGGCUGCAAGCAUUGCAGACAUGUUAGGCCGACCCGCUGACGUUGUAUUUUCGCAGCUGCAUCACUCCCAACAACGCCGUCCAGACCAACGUCAACAGAGAGGCGAAAAUGUUGGGGAAGCGAAAGACCAUGGCCAGGACGAUGCCCAGGCGGCCACGAGCAUGGUGACCAUGUCAGGUCGACUUGCUGAUGUUGUCUUUUCACAGCAGUAUCACUCCCAGCAACGUCGUCUGAACCAACGUCAGCAGGGUAGUGGAGAUGACGAGGACGAGCAAGACCGUGGCAAGGACGUCUCCCGGACGACCGCAAGCAUGGUGGCCAUGUCAGGUCGAACCGCUGAUGAUGUCUUUCUGCAGCAGCAACACUCCCAGACACACCGUUCGGACCAAUCUCAACAAAGAGGUGGAGAGAAUGAGGACGAGGAAGAUCAUGGCCAAGAUGACGUCAAAUGGUCGAAGGAUGGGUAGGUGAUGGUGGUCAUCCAUUUCUCUUGUGUCUAGACUGAUGGUUAAUGGGAUUUUUACGCUUCGGUAGCGCAUGGAGCGGAUAAUCACUCUAAAGGUGCUCCGGUGGCCCCAAGGGGAUUCGAACCGGGAUCGGAUGCAAACUUAAGCGCAUCUUAACCACUAGGCCAAACUCCUUGGGGUUGAUUUUUACGCUUUUUAAAUGUAUUUAAUGUGUGUGAUUUGGGAGACUUUGAAUCUGGAUUAUUAAGUCCCUAGACUACUGGAAUGUUUGUUUAGUUGGUUAUGAGUGUUAGUAAAAAACAUGUGAGAAGUUUGUUAUGUAGAUGUGACCUGUUUCUUGGGAUAUAUGAAGACGAAGUGGUUAGACGAAAUGGUUGCUAAGUUGGGGUUUUAUGAAAUCAUUUGAACAGGUUUAUGUUUUGGAAUGAAAUAUUGAGAAUU